GUCGUUCCACCAUGCUGAAGCUGUGGUUUCUGAUAGCCGCCACUGCCGCCCUGCGUCAAAUCUCUGCGGCACCGGCGGACCUCACCGAGCAGACGUUCGACAACUCCAGGCGACCGCUGUACCUGCGCCUGCCGCCGUUCUACAUCUGUCUGACGCCGCAGUCCGGGCCGCAGUCUGCGCCGCUGUCCGGGCCGCUGUCCGGGCCGCUGUCCGGGUCGCAGUCCGGGCCGCUGUCCAGCCGCCUACCGCCGCUGUCCGGCGCCGUACCGGACAGGCUGACCUGGCCGUGGCUUGGAGGUGUCCGGGAGCCGGUUGGAGGUGGGGAGCAGCAGCAGCAGCAGCAGCAGCAGCAGCAGCAGCAGCAGCAGCAGCAGCAGCAGCAGCAGCAGCAGCAACAGCAGCAGCAGCGAUCGUACAACUCCAGUCCGGAGCAGCCCAAUAGUGCGGUGCAGGUCCCGCACAGAGGAAAGAGAGAGCCGGGCAGCUCGAACCUCUCCAUCAACAACCCUCUACAGGUGCUCCGGCGCCGGGUCAUGCUGGAGCUCGUCCGGCGCCACAUGCAGCAACAGCAGACUAGGAUUAACGCCAACUCGGAGAUUCUGCAUAAGCUUGGUAAGAGGACGGCCGACCGGUACGUGGCCGACGAGCGCCAGUCUUCUGCAGACUUCAUCCAAGUCAGUGAUGCGCUGCUCGACCGAUGAAACGAUAAAACGUUCGAGAGAAGUCGAAAUCAGCCAACUGCAAAACUAGGUACAUAAGAUGAUCUCAAACUACGCUUCAACACGAAGUAGCGUCGUCCGUAACAUCGGCCAGCAUCUUUCCGCCUCAUGUCCUGGGAUUGGAGAGGACGUCUAUUUUUAUCAUAUUGACGGCGUGCACAGUCUUCGGAGCGUGGCGGCCGGUUCGUCUGAGACCAUCAUUACAGCUGGACUGAGGGUCUUCCUGUCUGACAGUAGAUAGAAGGGACAGCAGCCGUCCGACAGUCGACAGAAGAGAAAACAGCCGUCCCACAGCCUGUCAGAGAAGCGGCAUUCCACCAGGAGCGACAGUCAUGACAAUCACCUCAGAACAGAACCGCAUGUGUUGAAUAGACUAAACAUAUUCGCGGCAGCGGCUGCUCGGACGUUUUUUUUUUUGCUUUGCCUCUGUCAAAACAAAAUUACGUGGUAUUUAUGUUGGCUUGAUAAGCAGUGUAACAAAAAUGGCAAUAACUAUAUACGACGUUCAUAUGAAAUAGCUGUACAGUUUAGAGGUCUCUAAGCGAAUGUUCACACAAAUGGCUUUUUGGUUCGAUGACACUAGAAAACAGGCUUGCAUCCUUUCUAGGAUAUACAGUAUACACUAGAUAGAAACUCCUUCUAAAAGUGUCACACGAGUUGACUCCAGCCCGAUUCCGCGUGUUGGGUCUCCCCGCAACCAUCUGCUGUUAGCCUGAGACCGCUUGGUGUUCUCCGAAGUAGGUAUCGAGUUCACAGUGUAUCUGUUCCAUCUUUGACUGUGUGCGAUGUACUUGCGUACCUAUUUAUUGAGCGGCAGAGCGGACGUUACUGGCCUACGUUUUCUUCCGAGAACGUAGCGUUUAGAAUAAACACUUAUAAGUCACCUAUGGGUGUUUAUGUUCAUGUUGGUGAUAUGCGUAACAUGAAUGGAUGAGCAUUAUAGCUGACUUUG